AUUAACACACACACACACACAGAAAUCAAAUGGAAAGAAGGGAAGAUGGCGUUCAUUUGGGAACCCACAGAUUCAGGGACAGACGCCCACUCGGCACGGCGGCUCGAAUUUAUGACAAAGAUUACAAAGAGCCGGAGGCCGUUCCGUUCUUCGAGGCGGCGGAGCUCUGCUGCUGGUCAUUCUACAGAGCUGCCAUAGCCGAAUUCGUUGCCACUUUUCUAUUUCUAUACAUCUCCCUCAUGACAGUCAUCCAAGUCUCCAAAUCCCAAAACAAAUGCUCCUCCGUCGGCGUCCAAGGAAUCGCCUGGGCCUUCGGUGGCAUGAUUUUCGCUCUUGUCUAUUGCACCUCCGGCAUCUCAGGAGGUCAUAUUAAUCCGUCGGUGACAUUUGGGUUGUUUCUGGGUAGAAAACUGUCGUUUCCGAGGGCGUUGUUGUACAUGGUGAUGCAAUGCGCCGGUGCAAUUUGUGGCGCCGGAGUUGUAAAGGGGUUUGAAGGAGAGAAAGUAUUUGAGCUACACGGCGGUGGCGCCAACGUGGUUUCUGAAGGAUACGGCAAAAUCGACGGCCUUGGGGCGGAAAUCGUCGGAACAUUCAUCCUUGUGUACACCGUCUUCUCCGCCACCGACGCCAAGUUCAGUGCUCGCGAUUCCCGCGUCCCUAUUUUGGCGCCGUUGCCAAUUGGGUUUGCGGUGUUUUUGGUUCAUUUGGCCACCAUUCCGAUCACCGGCACUGGGAUUAAUCCGGCGAGGAGUCUGGGAGCUGCCCUCAUCUAUAACAAGGAGCAAGCAUGGAAUGAACAUUGGAUAUUCUGGGCGGGACCAAUGUCGGGGGCAACAUUAGCGGCAGCCUACCACCAACUAAUCAUCAGAGCGUUUCCUUUCAAAGGAAGACCAUCUUUGCCCCAGUAACUUUCACUUUUAGUCUAAAAUACCCCCUUACCAAAAUAAAGUUAAUGGUUUGAUCCAUUCAUGAACAAAUGUAUCCAUUCAGGUGUUUGAAAAGGCGUCCAUUCCCUAAAGGGUUAAGGGUUUAAGUCCCUUUAUGGACAAAUUGUGUAGUUAGAAGUAUAA